AUGUCGUUCGGCACCGAAUCUCAAAGCGACUCGCAAUAUCUCUCCUCGUCACAAUCGUCACUCAGCACCACGAAGAAGGCUUCUUCCGAAAUUUCCAAAACAUACAAGCAUGCCUCACAAUUAUACCUGACAAGAAGACUUGCUGAAGCAUAUGAUGCGCUACAACCGGUCAUCAAGCCUCCGCAGCCGAGUGCCCGUACCCGACACGAGGACGACGGUCCAGUGCCCGCGCCCAUCGCAACGGCUUCUACGUCUCAGCGUAUUAAGACUUGGAGCUUGUAUGCUGCUCUAUUGAAUGCCACCAUCGAUCUAGGCUCCGAGGCAGGUUCUCAAGAGUUUGGGCAAAAGCAGUACCGUAACAUCCUCAAACUUGUGCAAAACGGAGACGUGUGGGAAGAAGUUGUGCAAGAUGGUUACCGAGGGCGCGAAGCCUCUGUGGACGCCGAAGUCGUCUACAAUAUAUCGACUCUUCUGCUCAACAAAGCUCAAGAUCAAUCCGUGAACCAAUCCCGCCUGGAGAGAUACCUGUCUUCAUCGUCACCCUCGCCGCUCGAAAUAUCAACUCAGAUCAGCGACUCCCUACGCAACGGCCACCACUCGCCGAUGAACGGCGCCAGCACACCUAAAGAUCUUUCUUCGCGCAUAAAGAUAAUCGAACUCUUCACCCUGCAUGUUUUGCCCAGCAACAACGAAUGGGAGUACGCACGGAGUUUUGUCGCCAACAGCGACGUUCUAGACGACGAGCGGCGGGAGGCUUUUCUACAAACUCUUUUUGAACUACAAGAAGUCAAGGAGCGAGAUUCUGCUAUCGAAGAUGCAACGGACUACAGCACAGAACAAGAUAGCCCUGAGACAGACCCAGAACCGCCCUUGCAGAAUGGUUACAAGGGCCACCAACGGACAAGCAGUGAAGUCGAUUAUGGAAUCGAAUCAACGCACCCCAACGGUGGUGGACAUACACCCUCACAACUAAACUCUGAUUCGCCACCAUCAGCAGUAUCCUCAAAGCCCUUAACCACAAUUGCACCACGACCGGAGCCUACGAAUUCCGCGGCUGUAUCCCGGCCACCGCACCUCUCACCACCAGCACACACGCCUCGCCGCCCCCCUCAGCGCCGCUCAAAAGCCCAGCAACAGUCCGGUCUGACAGGCCAGGCGAGGGCGCUGUUCACUGCGCUCUCGAACCUGACUAGAAAUCUCGGUGGGGCACUGGUUGGUAACUCGAAUGCCGUGCUACGACUGCUACUGUUCAUGCUGGCAUUCCUCGUGGCUUUCAGCAGGAGAGACAUUAGUGAGCGGGUGCAAGCUAUUCUUGGCCAAGGCUGGGAGAAGAUGCGGCGGACCGCUGGUAUGGGCGUCAAAGUGUCAUACAUUUGA